UCAGAUUCAUGCAUCAGCACUAGACCUAUAAUGCAGGUCAAAUUUGCUCUCUUUAAACAAUAAAUAUAUCAGCAGAAAAGAAGGAUCAGUUUUUUCUUAUAAAUUCGGCAAAUCCUUCAAACAGACCCUAAAACAUUCACAAGAAAUUAUACUAUCAGAAUCCUCAAGAAUUAAGAUGGCAGAGUUGUUUGACAAGCAGGCAGCAAUAUAUUUGGAUGCGAGGCCAAGAUAUCCAAGCGAAUGGUUUUCAAUGCUGGCUUCUCUAACCCCUGACCACUCUUUAGCUUGGGAUGCUGGCACAGGCAAUGGUCAAGCUGCUAUUGAUGUCUCAGAGCAUUACAAACAAGUGAUUGCAACUGACAUAAGUGAAGAGCAGUUAAAGCAUGCUAUACAACAUCCCCAAGUUCAAUACUUUCACUCUCCAUCAUCAAUGUCUGAUGAUGAACUAGUGAACUUAAUUGGGGGUGAAAAUUCAGUUGAUUUAGUUGUUGUGGCUACAGCUGUGCAUUGGUUUGAUCUAGAAAAAUUCUACCCUGUCGUCAAUCGUGUGUUAAAAAAGCCUGGAGGUGUGGUUGCUGUUUGGAGUUACAAUAUCAUCCAAGUUAGCCCAGAAAUGGAUCCUCUAUUAAGGAAAUUCUACGAGGGAACUUUUCCUUUUCAAAACCCAAAAGCCAUGUACGCAUUUGAGUGUUACAAGACACUUCCAUUUCCUUUUGAAAGUGUAGGCGUAGGUUGUGAGGGGCAGCCUCUGGAAUUAGACAUGCCAAGGGAGAUGUCGUUUGAGAGACUUUUGAAGUUGUUGAGUUCAGCUUCUGCUGUGAAUACAGCAAAGGAACAAGGUGUGAAUUUAUUGUCUGAAGAGGUUGUGAGGGAGCUUGGGAGUGCUUGGGGUGGACCUGAAUUGGUUAGAACUGUCAACUACAAAUCAUAUAUGCUUGCAGGAAAAGUCAAGCUCUAAGUUUUGAAUUAUCUCCUCGUUAAACGUUCAUAACUUAAUAGUUUUUGCAGUAGUAUUUUACCGAUUCCACUGUGGAGUGUAUAAAAAAUGUCAGUUGAGUUACUCACUCUUUACUCCAGAAAUAAUUCAUCAGGGCUCUUCGUGGAAGACUCAGAAUAAGUUCGUUUUUCUGCUGCAAUGCAUUGCAGAUUUCAAGAUGUAGCACUCAAUUGAAAUUAAUCAUACAUUGCAGAGUUCAAAACA